AACAAGGCCGUAGGAACCGACCGCGAAGCUGACCCGCUGUACUGUGGGCUUGCCCGUUCCUUUCCCUGCCUCCCCACCCCCACCCCCCUUAGCAGCAACGUCACCGCAGCCCAGCAGCCGUGGCAUCAGCAGCAGAGAAGACAGGCUGAGAUUGCGCAGCCUCCCUGCAUCAGCUAGGAUGCCAUUGCAUUAGCAGAAAUCAGACCUUAGAAAACCAGCCCGAUUCCCCUGUGCGAUCGUGGGGGGCGACCAGCGAUUCAGAGAUUGUCGUGGUAGAGCUUGGCGGGGCGGCGCGCGAAAGGAGCGGGAGCCGCCAGGUCCAGCCCGAGGCUCCUUGCAGAGGUGCCAAGCUCUCCUGAUGACAUGUGCUCUGCCCCGCUGGGCUCCACAGGCAGUGUCUGGUGCUGUUGAUGCCCUUGUUCGAACUUUCCAGAAUGGAUAGCCCCCCUAAGCUGACUGGAGAGACCCUCAUCGUCCACCACAUCCCCUUAGUGCACUGUCAAGUCCCAGACAGGCAGUGCUGUGGGGGGGCGAGCGGAGGCGGAGGGAGCGCAAGACCCAAACCCUUCUGCCCACCCGAGCUGGGCCUCACUCAGCCCGACCAAGACCUGGGACAGGCUGACUCCCUGCUGUACAGUAGUCUGCACUCGGCCCCAGGGGCACCUCCGCGGUCUUCAGACAGCAUCAAGAGUAGGAAUCGGGAUGGAAGAGGCCCUGCAGCUCCCAGACGGCACAAUCCCUUCCUGGCGCAGGAGAGUGUGGGAGAGGCAGGGCUUGGUGACCCAUACGAUGACAGCACUGGUGACAGUGCUGCCCAGCAGUCCUUCCACCUGCACAGCAUCAGCCAGCCCACCUUCCACCUGGCUUCUUUCCAGAUGCCACCAUCCGGCCCUGGGCUGGGCAGGCCGUGGGGUGCAACACACAGCCGGCCUGGGGUGGUGGAGGGGCAGGAACAGGAGCCAGUGGCAACCUCGGGUACCCAGUGCAGCACCAGCCGCUGCUGCCGGCCCGAGCUGGAAGCUGAGACAAUGGAUCUGGAUGAGUGUGGGGGGCCCGGUGGGAGCGGCAGUGGCGGGGGAGCCAGUGACACCUCCGGCUUUUCCUUUGAACAAGAGUGGAAGCUCAAUUCAGACGAAUCCCCGAGAAACCCCGGACACCCCGGCUCGGGAGCUCAGCACUGCCACUGCAGUAGCACGUCCAGCCAGUCCGAGGCGGCUGACCAGUCCAUGGGCUACGUCAGCGACUCCUCGUGCAACAGUUCGGACGGUGUGCUCGUCACGUUCAGCACGCUCUACAACAAGAUGCACGGCAGCUCCCGCGCCAACCUCAACUCCGUCCCCCAGUCCUGCAGCGACUCUUCUUUCUGCAGCCCGUCGGACCCCGGAGCCUUUUACCUGGACCUGCAGCCCUCCCCAGCCGAGUCGAAAAUGUCCUGUGAGUCCCACCACCCUGAGAACGGGGACAGGGAAGAGGGCUGUGGCUGUCCUCACGGCUCAUCCCCCGAGCUCGAUGCCAACUGUAACUCCUACCGCCCACACUGUGAGCCUUGCCCAGCUGUGGCCGACCUCACAGCCUGCUUCCAGAGCCAGGCCCGCCUUGUGGUAGCCACACAAAAUUACUAUAAACUUGUCACCUGUGACUUGUCCUCGCAAUCCUCCCCAAGCCCAGCUGGCUCUUCCAUCACCAGUUGCUCUGAAGAACACACCAAGAUAAGCCCUCCACCGGGCCCAGGCUCGGACCCAGACCCCAGCCAGCACUCUGAGUAUUACCUCUUCCAGAAGCCAGAUGCCACCGCAGAGCCAGAGCAACAAGCGGCAGCGGGUCCCUCAACAGAAGCGGCAGCUGCUGUGGGCCCCACUGUGCUUGAAGGGCAAGUGUACACAAAUACAUCCCCCCCCAACCUCGGCACCGGCCGGCAGCGCUCUCGAAGCUAUGACCGAAGCCUGGAGCGCAGCCCCCCUGUCCGCCUGGGCUCGCUGGAGCGCAUGCUGAGUUGCCCAGUACGCUUAAGUGAGGGCCCUGCGGCCCUAGCUGGGCCUGCUUCCCCACCCAGGAGGGUUACCUCUUUUGCUGAGUUGGCCAAAGGCCGGAAGAAAGCUGCAGGCUCUGGCUCCCCACCACUCCGGGUGAGCGUGGGAGAUUCUUCCCAGGAGUUCUCACCCAUCCAAGAAGUUCAACGAGACAGGGCGGGCCCAAGUGAUGAGGGCAGCCGAUGUAGCCACAGCCUGCCAUCCAUGCCCUUGGGGCCAAGCCUGGACCUCCUUGUCCCAGAACCCUGGUCCACCCAGGUUUGUCAUGGCCCCCAGGCCAGUGAGAUGCCACUUCCUAGCCUCAGAGCUGCUGGCCAGGGCCCCCUGGCCCAGCUGAUGGAUCCUGGGCCUGCGCUCCCAGGGAGCCCAGCCAACAGUCAUACCCAGAGGGAUGCAAGAGCUAGAGCUGACGGGGGUGGCACUGAGAGCCGACCGGUCCUUCGCUACAGCAAGGAGCAGAGGCCAACCACGCUGCCUAUCCAGCCUUUCGUGUUCCAGCAUCACUUCCCCAAGCAGCUGUCCAAGGCCCGCGCCCUCCACAGCCUCUCCCAGCUCUACAAUCUCUCCGGCUGCGGCCGCACACAGCAGCCUGCCCCACUGGUUAUCUCCACUGCGCAAGGCCCGGGCCCGGCUCCCUCAGGAGAGCCGCAGGCCUUCCCACCCCAGACCGUCGCCACCGGCCGAGGUGCCAGAAGAGCUGGGCCUGAGCCAGAAACCUCAAGGCCGUCGCCCCUGGGAAGCUACUCACCGGUACGGAGUGGUGGCCCCUUUGGGCCUAGCACUGACUCAUCUGCCUCCACCUCGUGCUCCCCUCCUCCAGAGCAGGCCACAGCAGCAGGAGGCCUAGCCGCACGGGGCCGCGCCUGUCCUUCGACUGUGCGGCCCGCCACCUCCCAGAAGCCACAGGAGGGGGACCAGAAGAUUCCGGCCUUGGCUGAGUACCGACUCCAUGGCUCAGGAAGCUUGCCACCUCUGGGAUCCUGGAGAUCUGGCUUUGCCAGGGCAGAGAGCCUGGCUCGAGGAGGUGGUGAGGGCAGCAUGGCCUCCAGGCCCAACAAUGCCAACCACCUGUCCCCUCAAGCCCUCAAGUGGCGAGAAUACAGGAGGAAGAACCCAUUAGGGCCGCCUGGUUUGUCAGGGAGCCUAGAUCGGAGGCCACAGGAAGCUCGGCUGGCCCGCAGAAACCCCAUCUUUGAGUUCCCCGGUUCUUUCGGCACCGCUGGCCAUCUGAAUUGCCGGCUGAAUGGUCAGGUCACCAAGCCGUUAUCGCUGACCUGCCCUGACCUCCAGGACCCCUUUUCCUUAACCGAGAAGCCUCCGGCCGAGUUCUGUCUGUCCCCAGACGGCAGCACGGAGGCCAUCUCCAUCGACGUAAUGCAGAAAAAAGGGCUGGUAAAAGCUGUCAACACUGCUGUGGAUCUUAUUGUGGCCCAUUUUGGCACGAGCCGGGACCCUGGCAUCAAGGCAAAGCUAGGAAACAGUUCCGUGAGCCCCAAUGUAGGCCACCUGGUUGUAAAGUACUUGUGUCCUGCCGUGCAAGCCGUGCUGGAGGAUGGGCUCAAGGCCUUCGUGCUGGAUGUGAUCAUCGGCCAGCGUAAAAACACUCCUUGGAGCGUGGUGGAGGCUUCCACACAGCUAGGCCCAUCCACGAAGGUCUUGCAUGGCCUCUACAACAAAGUCAGCCAGUUCCCGGAACUCACCAGCCACACCAUGCGCUUCAACGCCUUCAUCCUCGGCCUGCUUAACAUCCGGUCCCUGGAGUUCUGGUUCAAUCAUCUGUAUAACCAUGAAGAUAUCAUCCAGACCCACUACCAGCCCUGGGGCUUCCUGCGAGCCGCUCACACGGUGUGCCCUGGCCUCUUUGAGGAGCUGCUGCUGCUGCUACAGCCCUUAGCUCUGCUGCCCUUCAGCCUUGACCUGCUGUUCCAGCACCGGCUCCUGCAGAGCGGCCAGCAGCAGCGGCACCACAAGGAACUGCUGCGCGUGUCCCAGGACCUGCUGCUGUCUGCGCACUCAACACUGCAGUUGGCCAGGGCCCGAGGCCAACAGGGCCCUGGAGACAUGGACAGGGCGGCCCCGGGGGAGCGGGUGAAGGGCGUGGGCGCCUCCGAAGGUGGAGAAGAGGAUGAGGAAGACACGGAAGAUGUGGCUGUGGUGGGGGGUAGCUCGGAGCACGGCAGGUGGGCCCGCGGCGGCGGUCAGGCUGGCUGGUGGUACCAGCUCAUGCAGAGCUCCCAGGUCUACAUCGAAGGAGCUACCGAGGGCCCUAGAUUCCCUCGCAGUAGCAGCAGUGGCGGUGAGAAAAAGAAAGGAGCGGGCAGUGGGGCGCCUCCUCAGGUUCCACCUCCUCGGGAAGGUGUAGUAGAGGGGGCUGAGGCCUGCCCCGCCCCUGAGGAGAGCCUUGGCCAAGAAAGGGGCUGGCCUUUCUGGAUGGGGAGCCCCCCAGACUCUGUGCUGGCUGAGCUGAGGCGGAGCAGAGAGAGGGAAGGGCCCAUUGCCCCACCUACGGAAAGCGAGGAAGGGAUCGCUGAGCCUUCGUCUGGGGGCAUCAAGUGGGGACACCUCUUUGGUUCUCGAAAGGCUCGUCGGGAAGCCCGGCCCACAAACAGGCUGCCUUCGGACUGGCUGAGCCUGGACAAAUCUGUAUUCCAGCUCGUAGCACAGAUGGGGGCCCGCCGGGAGUCCGAGCCAAGGGAGACCUCGCAAGAGUCACACUCUCCAGCCCCGCCCUCCAAGCCUCCAUGCGAGGUGCAGGCUUUGUGCCACCACCUGGCCACAGGCCCUGGGCAACUGAGCUUCCACAAAGGAGAUAUCCUACGGGUGCUGGGACCAGCCAGAGGAGACUGGCUGCGCUGCAGCCGCGGCCCCGACACUGGCUUGGUACCUCUGGCCUAUGUGACACUGACCCCAACUCCGAGUUCACCUCCUGGAAGCAGCCAAAACUGAGGCCUUGUGCAUGCUGGUGGCCUCAGGGACCUUCGUAUCCCCCGCGAUCCUGAGACCCUUCCCGAGCCCUUAGGCUUGGCUACAAACCGUAGACUGAGAGCUGGGGUCACAUGUCCCCGUGCUGUGCUCAGUAUUAAUGACUCCUCCUCAACGGUCCCAGCGACUUUGUCCAGACCUCCACCCGGGAAAAGA